UUGGGACUCAGACCUAGAGCAGCACACACAGAAACACAACCACCCACUGUAUUCAGAUUAGACUGAGAGAAGACAAAUAACCUCUACAUCACACAGAAAGGAAGACAAAGGGCUGUCCAGUUUCACUCAGAUCCACAGACAAACCAACGCCAACCGGAUCUAAGAUGGUGUCGGCUGGGCUACAGAUGCUGGGCACUGCCCUUGGGAUCAUAGGCUGGAUUGGGACCAUCAUUGUUUGUGCCAUGCCCAUGUGGAGGGUCACCGCCUUCAUCGGCAGUAACAUAGUCACCUCGCAGACCUCCUGGGAGGGUAUCUGGAUGAGCUGCGUGGUCCAGAGCACGGGCCAGAUGCAGUGUAAGGUCUACGACUCCAUGCUGGCCUUGAGCUCUGACCUACAGGCCGCCAGAGCUCUGACCAUCAUUGCCAUCCUCGCCGGCAUUAUUGCCAUUCUGCUGGCCGUAGCCGGGGGCAAGUGCACUAACUGUGUGGAUAACGAGGCGUCCAAGGCUAAAGUGGGUGUGGCAUCCGGGGUGGUGUUCAUCAUUGCCGGAGUUCUGUGCCUGAUCCCUGUCUGCUGGACGGCCCACAGCAUCAUCCAGGACUUCUACAACCCGCUCCUGGUAAGCGCUCAGAAGAGGGAGCUGGGGGGGGCACUCUACGUGGGCUGGGGGGCCGCUGCCCUGCUGCUGAUUGGAGGGGGUUUGCUCUGCUGCAACUGCCCCAAGAAGGAUGAGGGUUCCUACACCGCCAAGUACAACAAGGCUCCUCGCUCUGAGACCUCAGCAACGUCCACUGGAAAGGACUUUGUCUGAGUGAGGAAAAGAGAGAAGAGAGGGAGGGAGUGAAGAAAGGAAGAUACGUCUGUUUGCCAUGAGAGACUGUCUGAUCUAGCUGUGUAUAUGUGUAUUCUGAGUCACUAUGGUGCUUCUGUAUUACAAAGGUUUGAGGACGAUAUUUAUUGGUGAUGAGCGAAGAAAAGAACCACAGUGACUAAAGAUUCCAUGUAACUUAACAUUGAAAGAGAAUCACACCCAAAGAGGAACUGAAUUCCUUUAAACCAACCCCAUGUAGUCUGCAGUUUUGUGUGUUUUGUAUGUAUUUUUGUGUAAAUAUGUGUGUGUGUGCCUUUACACCUUUUGGCAGUGUGUUUUGUUAAUUGUUUUAUCCCAGCCAUGUUUGUUACAGUUGUACAUUAUUAUUUAUACAUGUUAUUGUUAAAGGGAUACUUUGGGAUUUUGGCAAUGAGGCCUUUUAUCUACCUCCCCAAAUUCAUAUGAACUUGUCUCUGCGUGUGAUUUGAAGGAAGUUGCUAACUAGUGCUAGUGCAAUUGCUAACUAGCUUUAGCGCAAUGACUGAAAGAAUAUGAGUAUCUGAUAGCAUGCGAGCAGAUACACACAGACUUCCAUGAAUUGAGCUAACACUAGUUGUUAUUGGCUGUGGAAGCCUCUAACUUCCUUCAUACUGUACACACAGAGACAGAAAAUGGUAUCUUUGAUUUCAUCUGACUCUGGAUAAGUAGAUUUAAGGGCUAAAGAUAAAGUUUCCCUUUAAUAUUUUAAUUUGUAUUCAUCUUUUUUAAAACACGUAUGAGUUACAGUAAAUGGUUUUGAAACUAAAUAAAUAUUUUUCAAAUGAA